GGUUUUAUUUCAAGUUUGAAGCAUCCCUGACGCGCCAUUGUAGAGUUGUGGCUGUUCGUGUUACUUAGUGUCAUUAUGCAUAGAAUCUGUGUUUUUAUUAAGUUUUAGAGCAUAAAUUAGUAUAUUUUUUUACAAAUGUAUUAAUGAAGUUAGUAAAAGUGACAAUAAUGCGUGCCGUAUCCUUAUGUCUCACUAAUUACCAUCCCUGAGUCACCACGGCUUGUUUAGGCCGCGCGUGGGGGGCGCGCAAUGGAGGCGGGCGCGCGGGCCCUGGACGUGCUGCCCCUGCUGCAGGAGCGGGUGGCGGCGCUCACCGGUGGCCUGGACCGCAGAGGCGGGCCCAUCAUAUGGUUCCCCGCAAACUCCAGACGGGACAGGGUGGCUCCAGAUGACUAUAGGCGUUUGCUUCACUACCUUAUGAGCAUACCCAGCGAUUCGGUCAGGACGCAUGGCUUUACAAUCUUGAUAGACAUGAGAGGUUCGGCAUGGGCUGCUAUUAAACCUAUUUUGAAAGUUCUACAAGAACAUUUUUCUUCGUCCGUCCAUCAGGCACUCGUAGUUAAACCUGACAAUUUUUGGCAAAAACAACGCACAACCAUUGGUUCACAUAAAUACAAGUUUGAGACAACCAUGAUAAGCUCGGAAGCUCUACCUAAAGUAAUAGAUAGCACACAAUUGACAUCGGACCUCGACGGUACACUGCAUUAUGACCAUCCGCAGUGGAUCGAUUUGAGACUGGCGCUGGAAGAGCUGCUGUGGCAGGCGGGCGAGCUGCUGGACCGCCUGGAUGACCUGCAGGAGGACGUGGCGCGCGCGGACUUCGCCGACGACGUGACGGGUGCGCGCCGCGCCAUCGACGCACACGCCGACAUUGGCAAGCGCCUCGCCAAAGUACCCGUCGACGAGCUCGAAGCGCAAGGGUCUCGGGUGCUGCAGCGCCUGGAGGCGGCGCAGGCGCAGGCGGCGGCGUGCGCCGAGGCGAGCGGCGAGGCGGCCUUCCACUGCGGUUCGCCUGGCGCCGUUCGCGCGCAGCUCGCCGCCGUUCGCUCCGCGCACGCGCACGCCCACAAACUCUGGCAGCACAAGAAGAUGCAGCUCGACCAAUGCUUCCAGCUCAGACUCUUCGAGCAGGACUGUGAAAAGAUGCUGGAAUGGAUCGUCAACCAUCGAACAGCAUUUCUAGCGACGUACGUGGAGAUCGGGCGGUCGUGCGCCGCGGCCAAGCGACUGCAAGAGGAGCACGCGAGGUUCGCGGCGGCGUGCACGGGCGGCGGGCGGCCGAGCGUGGCGCGGGUUGCGACAGCGGCGCGCCGGCUCGCCGACAAGCGCCACUACGCGGAGGCGCAGAUCUCCGCCCUCGCGCUGCGUCUCGAGCGCGCCUACAAACACCUCGCCGCAGGUCUCGAGGAGCGGUCUGCGGUGCUGUCGCUGUCGGUGGUGUUCCACCACAAGGCGGAGGCGUACGCGGCCGCUGUAGGCGGAUGGGGGGCGCAGUGCGCGCUGGCGCUGCAGCUGGCCUCGGGAGGGCCCGCGCCGGGCGGGCCGGGAGGAGCGGGCGCUCCGGGCGGGCAGGGCGGCGCGCCGUGCACCGACCCGCGAGCGCUCGAGCAGCAUGCGCAGCGCCACCGCCAGCUCUACGAGCACAUGUGCCAGGCCUAUACCGAGGUUCAUUCGACGAGCAAGAAGCUUCUGUACCAACUUGACCAUCUCGUUCAAGUGUGUCAUCAGACCGACUCCGCCGAUAUGGGCGAGGAGGGCGGCGGCGGCGGGGGCGCGGGUGGGGCAGGCGGGGGCACGGGGGGCGAUCCCGCCGCCGACUACAGCUCGGGCGCCAACCACGUGCUGGCCGUCAUCCACCAGAUCCUCGGACAUCACCGCGCACUGGAAGCGCGCUACCACCAGGCGCGCCUCAAGCUGCACCGGCGCCUCGCGCUCCUGCUCUACAAGGAGGACUGCCGCCAGGUGCUGGAUUGGCUAUCGAACCACGGCUUGCAGUUCUUGCAGAAGAACACUGGAAUAGGACGAAAUCUUCACAAGGCUCGAGUGUACCAAAAAUCUCACGAACAUUUCGAAAACGUCGCGCAGAACACGUACACGAACGCGGAGAAGCUGCUGUCUGCGGCGGAGGAGCUGGCGCGGUCGGGUGAGUGCGAGCCGGAGGAGGUGCUGGGAGUGGCGCGCGAGCUGGAGGCGCACGUAGCGGCCUUCGCGGCGCGCGUCGACCGCCGCCGGCGCCGCCUCGACCUCGCCGUGCUGCUCUACACUCACGAGAAGGAGCUGAUGCAGUGGCUGGAGACGCUGCGCGGUGGCGGGGGCUCCGUGGGCGCGGGCGACGAGAGCCCCGAGGCGGCGCGGCGCGCGCUGGAGCAGUGCGCGCAGCACCGCGCCGCCAGUCUCGACGCCUGCGCCGCCACCAUCGCGCAGGGCGAGACGCUGCUGCAGGACCUCAGGUCGUCGGGCGACUCGGACGCAGCGAGCACGAGCGCCGUGGAGAGCGCGCUGGAGCGGCUGCGCGGCACACGGGGCGCUCUCGAGGAUCUUUGGGCGGAUCGCGAACGCCGCCUCGAGCUCACGCUGCAGCUGCGGCAUUUCGAGCGCGAUGCUCUUGAGGUGUCGUCGCGGCUGGAGCUGUGGGGCGACGAACUGCAGCGCACGGAGCCGCCGCGCGAGCCGCACCAGGCGGAGCAGGCGCUCGCCGCCCACAACGAGAGCGUCGCGCGAAUGCAGCACGCCACCUAUCAGGUGGUGCAACAGGGGCAGGAGCUGGCGGCGGCGAUCGCGGAGGCGGCGGAGGCGAUGUCGGGAGGCGCGGCGGGCGGCGCGGCGGGCGGUGCGGCGGGCGGCGAGGGCGACGCGGCGCCACCGGAUGCGCAGGCGCGCGUGCAGCUGUUGCUCGACUUCCUGCACGACCGCCAGCUUGACCUCGAGGAGCUGGCCGAGGAGCGUCGCGCGCGCUUCGAGCAGUGCGUCCAGCUAGGUCAGUUCCGAAAGGACGCCGCUCAGGUGGUGAGCUGGAUCCGCAACGGCGAGGCGAUGCUGGCGGCGUCGUUUUCCAUCCCAGGCACGCUGGCGGAGGCGGAGCAGCUGAAGCGCGAGCACGACCAAUUCCAGGUGGCCGUGGAGAAGACUCACGCUAGUGCCGUGCAAGUCAAGUACCGGGCCGACGCCCUACGAGCCGCCAACCACUACGAGCCCCACACCAUCAGGGAAAUUUCGGAGGAGGUGACGGAGCGUUGGCAGCGGCUGGUGACGUGCGCGGAGGAGCGCCACAAGCUGGUGACGGCAUCGCUCAACUUUUACAAGACGGCUGAGCAGGUGUGCUCGGUGUUGGACUCGCUGGAGCGCGAGUACCGCCGCGACGAGGACUGGUGCGGCUCUGGCGCAGCGCCCCUCGCGCCCCUGGCGUCCGUCGUCCCGCCCCCGCCCCCAGCUCCGCCCCUAGCGCCGCCCCAGUCGACGGCCCUCGUGCCGCCGGCCACACCGCCCGCCUCCGACGACCAGCCCGCACACAACCUGGACAAGGCGGCACAGGUGACGGCGCUGAUCGUGAAGCACGGCGAGCAGAAGGAGGCGUUCCUGAAGGCGUGCACUCUCGCGCGCCGCACCGCCGAGACGUUCCUCAAGUACGCGGCGCGCUCCGCCCAGGUGCACGGCCAGACCGCCGCCGCCAGCAAGCACCACCACGACCAGACGCGCGCCAUACUCGACACGCUGCUCGCCCAGGAGAACAAGGUGCUGGAACACUGGACUGUGCGCAAGAAGCGACUGGAGCAGUGCCAGCAGUUCGCGCUAUUCGAGAGAUCCGCUCGCGCGGCCGUGGAGUGGAUCCGCGAGACGCAGGAGCGGUGUGGAGCGGCGGGAGCGGCGGCAGCGGCCGCGGCGGCGGGUGUGGCCCGCGAGAGUCGCGAGCGCGUGCGUCUGCUGGCGCAGCUCGCCGACGGGCUCGUUGAGAAGGGCCAUCCGCACGCCGUGCAGAUCAAGGACUGGGUCGCCGCAGUCGACGCCAGAUAUGCGGAAUUCAGCGGGUCCAUGGAGGGCGGAGAAAGCGAGGCGGAGAGCGAGGCGAGCACGGCGCCGUCCGCGACGUCCGCACACUCUGAUGAGACGCGCACCGCAGAAGCGACGCAAUCCUCCGCCGCACCGCCUUCCGGCGACGAAAAGCGCCGCAGCGCGCGACGCAAGGAAUUCAUAAUGGCGGAGCUGCUGCAGACUGAGCGAGCGUACGUCAAGGAUCUGGAGACGUGCAUCACGUGCUACUUGCGCGAGAUGCGCACAGACCCAGCCUCCGUGCCGCCAGCCCUGCAGGGAAAGGAGGAGGUGAUCUUCGGCAACAUCGAGGAGCUGCACCGGUUCCACGAGCGCGUGUUCUUGCGCGAGCUGGACAAGUACUCGACCAUGCCCGAGGACGUGGGCCACUGCUUCGUGACGUGGGCGCGCGAGUUCGACAUGUAUGUGUCGUACUGCCGCAACAAGCCUGACAGCAACGCGGCGGUGGUCCAGCACGCCGGAGACUACUUCGACAGGGUGCAGCGCAAGAGGAAGCUGGAGCAUCCGCUGGCCGCGUACCUCAUCAAACCCGUGCAGAGGAUCACCAAGUACCAGCUGUUGCUGAAAGACCUGCAGGCCUGCUGCGCCGAGGGCCAGGGCGAAAUCAAGGACGGCCUGGACGUGAUGCUGUCGGUGCCGAAGAAGGCGAACGACGCGAUGCACCUGUCGCUGCUGGAAGGCUGCGACGUACCCGCCGACAGCCUGGGCGAGGUGGUGCUGCAGGAUUCCUUCCACGUGUGGGACCUGCGCCAGAUCAUCAAGAAAGGCCGCGAGCGACGCGUCUUCCUCUUCGACCUGCACCUCCUGCUCGCCAAGGAGGUCAAGGACUCGCAUGGGAAGGCCAAAUACAUCUACAAGACUAAAUUCAUGACGUCGGAGCUGGGUGUGACGGAGCACAUCGAGGGCGACGAGUGCAAGUUCUCUGUGUGGACGGGCCGCGAGCCCAUGGCCAGCGACUGCCGCAUCGUGCUCAAAGCGCCCUCGCUCGACGUCAAGCAGACCUGGGUGCGCCGCCUCAGGGAAGUUAUACAGGAGACGUACUUCCGAGGUCCGCUGGGACCGACCCCGCCGCGUAGCCCAUUACGCGGCCGCACAACCAGCUCGCAGCGCUCCAGCAGGGACCUCGACGACACAUAUCUGGACGAGAACGUAGAUCGCAACUCGCUGGCCUCAUUCGGGAGCGGCAACACCACAGACUCGGACAAGGCCGUUCCCGAGACGCAGAUGAGCUGGGUGGUGGCGGAGCACGUGGCCGCGUCCGCCGGUGAGCUGACCGUGAGCAAGGGCCAGCAGGUGGAGCUGGUGGAGCCGUGGGCGGCACGCGCCGACUGGUGGGUGGUGCGCGCGGCGGGCACGGGCGAGGCAGCGCAGGGAGCGGUGCCGGCGCACGUGCUCAAGCCGCAGCCGCAUGCGCAGCCCCCGCCCGCCCCGCACACGCACCGCAAGACCUCGCCAUCGCCGUCGCCCUCGCGCCGCCCGCUCGCACAGCCCGACGAACCCUUAGAUGCAUCGAGUGAUGCGACGGGCUCCGUGAGCGCAGCCAGCCCCGGCAAGCGACGCGGCUUCAGUGGACGGCGAUGGUUGGGGCUUAAAGGCAAACAAUCACAGGGUAAGGCCGACAAAACAUCAACCGGAGGGCAACCCCCCGCCGCCACGGACAAGCCCACUCCACUGAAGAAAACACCGUCCGAUAAGAAACUACGUCUGCCGUACACGAGCGGCGAGGGGCGCGAGGAGCAGGGCAGCAGCGCCGCCGCGCUCGACGAGGGCGAGGACGAUGUGCCCGAGCUCGAGCUGCCGCCGCCGAUGAAGCCCAUACAGGAUCCGCAGGCGGUGUUGCAGCAGGCGCCGUCGCCGGCUGCCGCGGCGCCCGCCACACGCAACUCCCUGGCUAUGGAUUCUCUGGAUUCCAACGCGGGUCCGGCGGAUAUCGCAGAAAUUGAACAAAUUGUCAAAGAAAAAAUGGAACAGCACGGAGGUGGAGGUGCGACUGGCGGCGCGGCGGACGACGACCCGCCGCCGACACCGCCCACGCCCACGCCCACGCCCAUACCCGGGCCCGACGACGUGGAGGCCAUACUCAAGAAGCGCGACUACGUGCUACGCGAGCUCGUCGACACCGAGGAGAUCUAUGUGUCCGACCUCCGACUCAUCUGCGAAGGAUAUAUCCGUCACAUGGCGGACCCUUCCGCAGAACCGGCGUUGCCCGAAAGCCUACGCGACCGGCGUCAUCGCAUGAUCUUUGGAAACAUCGAGGCCAUUUUCGAAUGGCACCGCGAUAAAUUUUAUCGCGAGUUGGUAGUCUGCAUUGAAAAGCCGGAGCUGCUGGGGCCGCUGUUCCGCCGGUUCUUGGAGAAGCGCAUGUUCCUGUACGAGGCGUAUUGCCGCAACAAGCCCGUUUCUGAGUACAUCGUCUCCGAACACGACCAGUACUUCCAGGAGCUCAGGCAGAAGCUCAACCAUAAGCUGCAGCUGGGCGACCUCCUGAUCAAGCCGAUACAACGCAUACAGAAGUAUCAUCUGCUCGUCAAGAAGAUCCUAGCGUACACGCAGAGCGCCAACCAGCCGCCGGAGGUGGUGGCCGCGCUCGAGGACGCCGUCCUCUGCACCUCCAUCAUACCCAAAAACGCCAACGACAUGAUGGACGUCGGCCGCUUGCAAGGAUUCACGGGCAACAUCACGGCGCAGGGCAAGCUGCUGAUGCAGGACCACAUGACGGUGUCGGAGGCGAGCGGCGGCGACAAGGGCGACAAGGGCAAGGAGCUGCACGUGUUCCUCUUCGAGCAGUGCGUCAUAUUCAGCGAGCCCGUCGGCAAGCGCAGUCAGUUCGUCAGCCCCACGUACAACUACAAGGCGCACGUUCAGGUGAACAAGAUGGAGGUGGAGGAGUUAGAGAACAGCGGCGCGUUCAUAAUCAAGUCGGUGGACCCGAACAAGCCGAAGCAGUCGUUCGUGUGCCGCGCGCCGGAGCCGCGGCGGGCGCAGUGGACCUCCACGCUGGCCACCAUCCUGCGCUCGCAGCGCAUGUUCGGCGACGCGCUCGAGAACCCCGCCGCCUACUUGCGCGACCUGCACCGCGACCAGGCGCGGGACCCCGCCAAUAUGGGUGAGGGGUGGAGCGCGCUGCGCAAGACGGAGAGCGUGCCCCCGUGCGUGGGCGGGCGUAUGGCGGCCGAGCUACGCGCGCGCUCGCAGCGCCCCCACGCCAAGGCCAACACCAUCAACCUGCCGCCCACGCCCCCCGCGACACUCGCGACACCUGCCACACCCGCCACACCCGCGACCGCCGCCACCGUCGACCGCAACAAGCACGCUGCUGCGGUCAGCCCCACUUCGCCGCACGCCAAUGGCUUAUCGAAGCGAGCUUGGGGACUAAAAUUACGCCGAGGCGGGGGGGAACCGAGCGCGGAGGGCGUGGUGACGGAGCUGCGCGCCCCGGAGCUGCUCGAGCCCGCGGCGGAUGUGACCGCGGCGCCCGGCUCGAGCGCGACCAUCUCGUGCCGCGCCAAUGCGACGCGCGCCACCGCCGCUUGGCGCAAGACCGCGCCGGAGACGCGCGCGCUGCGGCACGGCGGCCGUUUCGCGAUCUCCUUUGCCGGCGACGGCCUGGCGACGCUGACUAUCCACGCGUGCCGCGCCUCGGACGCCGGCGUCUACUGCUGCCUGGUGAGCAACGAGCUGGGCGGAGUGCAGAGCUCGGCGCGGCUGACGGUGGGCGCGGGGGGUGUGCCCGGCGUGCCCGCGGUGCGCGCGCAUCCCGGCGGAGGGCUCGUCGUACAAUGGGACGAGCCGGCGCCGGCACACCUCGAGUACUGCCGCGUGGGCGAGGGCGAGUGGCGGCGCGCCACCGACACGCCCGCCGCCGCCGGCACCCUCGCCCUCGAGGAAUUGCCCGCUGGACAAUACAGCUUCAGGCUGGUGAGUGCGCGGGGCGGCGCCGCGGGCGGCGCGUCCGCUGCGGCCGCGUGCGGCGGUGGCGGCGCGUGGCAGCGCGAGCAGUUCGCGCGCCGCUAUGCCGUCGAGGAGGAGCUGGGCCGCGGGCGCACUGCGCGCGUACUCGCCGCUCGGGACACCGGCACCGGACACCGCGUCGCACUCAAGCAGGUGGUUGGCGGGCGAGGCGCGGACGCGGUGCGCGAGUACCGCAUCUUGUCGCGCGGCGCGCACGCGGCAGUGGUGCGCGCGCUGGCGCUGUUCGCGGAAGUGCCGCGCGCGGGGGCGCACACGCUCGUGCUGGAACUGGUGGGCGGCGGGCCGCUGCUGGACUGGGCGGCCGCGGAGCCCCCCGGCGGCCCGCCGCGGUACACACAACGCGCCGUCGCGCACCACACGCGCAGCCUCCUCUCCGCACUCGACUGGCUACAUUGCAACAGAGUCGCGCACCUCGACGUUAGGCCGGAGAACAUCCUGGUGGAAGUGGGGGGUGCGCAGCCGCAGCUCAAGCUGGUGGACCUGGGCUCCGCGGUGGAGACGGGCGGGAGCGGGAGCGGCGCGGAGGCGGCCGGGUCGGCUCGCGACGUGCUGCCGCCGGCGCCCGCGCAGCUCGAGUUCGCACCGCCCGAGUGCGUGCUGGGCCGUCCUCCCACCGCCGCCUGGGACGCCUGGGCCGCCGGCGUCUUCCUAUACGUAUUCCUUACCGGGCUUUCGCCGUUCCUGGACGAGUCUAUAGAGGAGACGACGGCGAACAUCAUCAAGUGCGACUACUGCUUCCCGGCGGAGCACUGGGCGGGCGUGGAGGAGGGGGCGCAGGGGCUCAUCCGCGGCUUACUGGCGCCGGCGCCCGCGCAGCGCACGCAGCCGCGCACCGCGCUCGAACAUCCCUGGCUGCACGAGGCGCCGGCGACGCCGCUCUCCGCGAGUCAACUUCAGACGUUCCUAGACCGGCGGCGGCCAGCGGGGCACGGCAACGCGCUGCACUCGCUGCGCUCCCCGGACGAUACCUGACGCCCCGCCCCCGCCCUCGCCAC